UAUUAAAAAAAGAAACAGACUUUAUUUUAUUAAUAAGUGCAUUUCUCGUCGUCGUCCGAUCGCAAGCCGCUUUUGAAGCAGAAAAGUCAUUGCAGGAAAUCAUGGCAGCUACUUCAUCGUUCAUCUCACUACUCACAAAGAGGUUGGAAGGGAAGGUAGCACUAAUUACAGGAGGAGCUAGUGGUAUUGGGAAAUGCACUGCUAAAGUGUUUGCGCAGCAUGGAGCCAAAGUUGUAAUUGCUGAUAUCCAAGAUGAUUUAGGUCAUCGAGUUUGUGAGGACAUAGGCCCUUCAAACUGUUCCUACGUGCAUUGCAACGUCACUGAUGAAGACCAAAUAAAAAAUGCUGUUGACAAAGCCGUCGCCACUCACGGAAAGUUGGACAUCAUGUUCAACAACGCCGGCAUCGUUGAUCCCAACAAGACUCGCAUAAUGGACAACUACAAAUCAGAUUUCGAACGUGUUCUUAGUGUUAACGUAACUGGGGUUUUCCUGGGGAUUAAGCACGCAGCUAGGGUGAUGGUUCCUUCUCGAAGUGGUAGCAUAAUUUCGACAUCCAGCGUAAGCUCCCUGAUCGGUGCUGUCGCCUCACAUGCUUAUUGUGCUUCAAAGCAUGCAGUGCUAGGACUAACCAGGAAUGCUGCAGUGGAGCUGGGGCAAUUUGGGAUCCGAGUGAACUGCUUGUCUCCCUACGGUCUGGCAACGCCUUUAGCGACGGGAUUCCUGGGAGGUAAUGAUGAGGAGCUGGAGAAAGCGAUGAGUAAGUCGGGUAACCUAAAGGGUGUGUAUCUUAAGGCCGAAGAUGUAGCAAAUGCAGCACUCUACCUAGCAAGUGAGGAGGGAAGAUAUGUCAGUGGGCAUAAUCUGUUCAUAGAUGGGGGCUUUACUGUUGUCAAUCCGUCGCUCCAAAUGUUCCAAUACCCUGACGGCUCUUGAGAACAAUAUUCUGCUCAGCAAAUGCUUGUCCAUCUUUUAUACAUAUAAAUGUCGAUCAUCCAUGUAUUAAAAAAUAAUGGGUAAAUUCCUAAAAAAAUAAUGAAUUGAAUAAGAACUUAAUUUAGAGGAAA